UGCUCAUAUCAUAUUAAUCGUUAAAACAACUUUUUCAGUCUUCGUUCACGGACACCCGUCGCGGAGAUCGUCAAACAUGAGAGAGAAGUGGCGUAAGAAGCGUAUGCGUCGCCUGAAGCGCAAGAGGAGAGCCGCAAAGAAGUAGACAAGCUGCUUCAUCUCCAAGACGUCAAAUUAUGCUGCCGAUCUGUGAUCUCGACUUCACCGUCUUCUCCACAAUUGUCAACUGGAUUACUCGUCUUCUUGUGCUUCUCAUCGUGAAAUAAUCAUCCUACAAAAGUUAUUGCAAUUUUCUUUUUUAAAUCCAAUAAAUAAUUGUUUGUCCAAAUAA